AUGCCGGUGUCAAGCUGCGCCCGCCUGAAUAAAACCGGGAAUUGUCGCUUUGCUUGGGAUCGCGGUACCCCCAACAUCCUCCCCGGGUACCCCAAAUCCUCCCCGGGUACCCCCAACAUCCUCCCUGGGUACCCCAAAUCCUCCCCGGGUACCCCCAACAUCCUCCCCGGGUACCCCCAAAUCCUCCCCGGGUACCCCAAAUCCUCCCCGGGUACCCCCAACAUCCUCCCUGGGUACCUCAAAUCCUCCCCGGGUACCCCCAACAUCCUCCCUGGCAGCCCCAAAUCUUCCCUGGGUACCUCAACCUCCACCCCUGGGAACUCCACAUCUUCUUCAUCAGCUUCAUCAUCUUCUCCAGACACCCCAGCACCCUCCUGGCAUCUUCCCCUGGCACCCCCGGGGUACCCCGGCCUCUUUCCCGGCUAUCCCAGCAUCUCUUCCAGGUAUUCCCAGCAUCAUCCCGACACCUCUGGCACCUUCCCCGGCAGCCCUGGCACCUUCCCUGGCAAUCCUGGCACCCUCCCCUGGUCUCAGUGGUGCCGCCAGGGCGAGCACUUAGCCCCGUUUGACAUUCCUGCAGGAUUUGGGAAUUGA